CCUCUCUACAUUCCUUGAACCAAACCAACAGAGCAAAUACUAGUUAAUUACACACAAACAACAUGGCUUCCCUCACACAAGUUUCAGUCCUAUUAUUAUUCCCUCUAUUCCUCAUUUCCCUCUUCAAGUCCUCCCAUGCUGCUGGCAUUGCUGUCUACUGGGGCCAAAACACAGGUGAGGGCUCCCUGGAAGAUGCUUGCAACACUGGCAACUACCAAUUUGUGAACAUAGCAUUCCUGUCCACAUUUGGCAACGGGGCUACCCCACAAAUAAACCUUGCUGGCCACUGUGAUGCAACCACCAAUGGGUGCUCCAAGUUCAGCUCUGAGAUCAAAACAUGCCAAGGCAAAGGCAUCAAAGUGCUUCUCUCAUUAGGAGGUGGUGCUGGAAGCUACUCUCUCAACUCAGCUGAUGAAGCCACACAGCUUGCAAACUACUUGUGGGACAAUUUCCUUGGUGGGAGUUCAAAUUCAAGGCCACUGGGUGAUGCUGUGUUGGAUGGCAUAGAUUUUGACAUUGAGGCUGGUGGAGCACACUUUGAUGAACUUGCAAGGGCACUUAAACAACACAAUGUGAUCUUAGCUGCAGCACCACAGUGUCCUUACCCUGAUGCUCAUUUGGACUCUGCUAUCAAAACAGGGCUUUUUGAUCAUGUCUGGGUUCAGUUCUACAACAACCCUCAAUGCCAGUACUCUAGUGGGAACACUAACAAUCUUCUAAAUUCAUGGAAACAGUGGACUGACGUUAGUGAAAUUAAGCAAGUGUUUUUGGGGUUACCAGCUUCUGAAGGUGCUGCUCCUAGUGGGGGUUUUGUUCCUGCUGAUGUGCUGAACUCUCAGGUUCUUCCUUCUGUCAAGAGUUCUCCUAAGUAUGGUGGAGUCAUGCUUUGGGACAGGUUCAAUGAUGGCCAAAACGGAUACAGUACUGCUAUUAAGGGCAGUGUCUGAUUAGUUAGUCUCAGGUUAUAUAAUUAAUUAAAACUCUACAUGUUUGGAAUAAGUAGCACAUUUAGGUGGUUUUGUUGCUACACAUAUUGUUGAGUACUGUAUGUGAUCACUUCAUUAUACUUAAAAAUAACAUUAAAUCACCUUGAAAUAAUUCGACUUUCGUGAAA